AAACAAAGCAGAGGAUACCAAAUUAUGUUUCUUUCGGUUUCCAAAAACUGUUAAAGCUCGGGAAAAAUGGAUACAUUUUUGUCGUAGCGAGGCUCCAAUCAAUAUGAGAAAUGCUCGUAUUUGCAGUGAACACUUCAACCCGGCGGACAUAGAAGGCACCUUGCAAUGGGAAAUGGGUCUACGCUCCCGCAGAACAUUAAAGCCAGGCUCGGUGCCUUGUAUAAACAGGAACGACAUGACCUUAACAGGUCAGAAGCGCGAGGAAAGACUUGAAAGGCGAAAGAACAAACAGAUUGUGGCUGAACUGCUAGCGAAUGCUGAAAAGGAUAACAGAGCGGGUCCCCCCGAAGACGAGUAUGCUAAGGUCAUGGCUGAUACGCGAAGUUUAAAAGCACGAGAUUUCAAGGCUCACGAACAAGAACCAAAUCCAUUGCAAGAACCACAAGUUGAUCUACUAAGCGAUAGCGACGACGUCGUGUCAGAAGCUGAUGAUCCAAAUUGUACAGACGAUGGGAUCUUAUGGCUUCAAGGUGUAAAUGAAACAAACACAAAAGACAGUAUUGAAAUCCAGAACGACGGCGUUAUAGCACAAGAAAGUAAUACAAAUCUUUUUGAUGCGAUACCGAAAGAGCUUAAACAUGAAGUCUAUAUUGAAGAUGUUGAUUUUGAAACAAACAAUAUUAAAAAGUCCAACAAUUAUACUGACAACCAACAACUGUGGCAUUCUGUGGAUCACUCUAAUUCAAUCAAUAAAUCACCAUGUAAUGAUGUGAUAAUUCUGGAUAUCUGUGAGAACACUAAAACUGAGAAUACAGUACUUGAGGAUGCUAAAUUUAAAAAAAAUGAUGUUGCUACAAUAUUUUAUACCGGAAACGAAGUAAUUGACAACAUGAAAAAAUGUCGUAUAUGCGAUCGGCACUUUAUUGCGGAUGGCAAUGCAAAGGAUCUUCUCGAUGAAGCUAAUAAUGCGCUCCUAUAUAACAUUGAAGCGAUAACUGGGAUUAUGAUCCAAUUUAUGGAGGGACUUCCGCAUUAUAUUUGUUCAGGUUGCUUUUCAGAUCUGGACAGAGCAACUGUUUUCAGAGACAACUGCAUACGAAAUGAAAGGAUUUUGCAAUUGUACAUUAAGGAGCAGCAGCAGAGCUCACAGCCAAUUGAAGUCAUAAGUGAAAUCGAUGACUCUGAUGAUUUUGAAGAGUUUAUACAACUACCAAGAGGAGAGCCUACUGAGGAAGAUUCCGAAGGAUCUGUCUAUAGUUGUAUUGAUUUAGUUAAUGCAGAUGAAAUCCAGGUAGAAGGUAGCAUAAACCAAGAAACCAAUAUGGCAAAAAAAACUCAAGCAACGAUCAGUAUCGAUGAUCCUAUUUCUGCAGAGUUGGGUAAAACAGAUUUAAAUAAUUUAUUACACGAAGCAACUAGUUUAGAGGAUGGUGAAAAAAUAACCAAAAGAGGAAGAAGUAAGAGGGAAGGUGAACGCCCUAAGAGAAAACGCAAGCCGCGGGAGCGAAUGCCACGCAAGCUCUUUACUCCUGAGGAGAGAAAACUCCGAAGAUACUUGCAAAAUAAUCAUCUCAAUAUUGUAUGCGAUAUUUGUGGUCAUAUCUCAAGCACUCGUCAUAACUUUAACAUGCAUAAGUUACGACACACAAAAACGAAAAAUUUUGCUUGUUCUGAAUGUCCCAUGAAAUUUUACAACAAUUACAUGAUGCAAUUACACGUAAGAGUGAAACAUAAAAACGAAAUGCCUUUCAAAUGCCGUCAUUGUGAGCUAGCAUUCAAGGAUAAUACCCGACGAUAUAUACAUGAAAAAAAGAUUCAUGGAGUAGGUAAACCAGAGGAUCCACCAGUGGAUUAUGUGUGCAAGAUUUGCGGUCACAUCUCAAGCACUCGUCAUAACUUGAACAUGCAUGAAAUGCGUCAUACUGGCAUUAAAAACGUAGAGUGCCCCGAAUGUCCUAUGACAUUUUACAACAACUACCUGAUGAGGAUACACAUACGAGUGAAGCAUAAAAACGAAAAGCCCUUUAGUUGCCGUCAUUGUGACCUAGCAUUUACUGAUAAUGUACAACGGUAUAAACACGAAAAGGCGCACCUUGCUGAAAAUACAAAAGCGAAUUCAUUUAAAAGUUCUACAAAAAAGAGAGCAGAAAGUUGAUACAGCUUGAAAAACAUGUUGGAGCACAAAUUAUUAAGCGAAUAUAUGAGUAAAGGCUAAUUUUGUAUUGCGUAGAAAUAUUGAACACCGAUAUGAUUUACCGCAUCUUCAAUGAAAAACCUCAUCUG